GUUAGGUUAAGUUAAGGUAAAUAAACCCGCAAAAUGAUAUUGAAAUAUAUCUAUACUGUAUCGACUGGUUCCUCUCAGCUAAUGUACAAUUAAAGUUAGUUCUUCAGUCUGUGAAACACGUUACAACACGGAGAUCUAACGGGAAGCGAAGGUAAGAAUGGCUUUUCCCUGUGUGCGACUGUGCACUCGUCGACCCAUGAACACAGGGCUUCAAGUCUGUGGUUAUGCGACACUUCGCGAAGCGCCCAGACCCCAGGAGAAAAGCAGCGGUGGCCCGGUGUUUCAGUAUGUUGGCCAGCACAGGAAGCCCAGCCACAAAGUGUUUGUGUGGGGCUUUAGCUUCACUGGUGCUCUGGGUAUUCCCAGCUUUGUAGUGCCUGACAGCGGCAGGAAGAAGCCCCGUAAAUACCAGCUCACUCCUUAUCGCCUGGAGACCGCAGAGCAGAUUUCUUCUGCUGCUUGUGGUUAUGGCUUCACUCUCAUCGCCUCCUCUACCAAAGAUGUGUCCAAACUGUGGGGCAUGGGCCUGAACAAGGACUCUCAGCUUGGCUUCCACCGCACCCAGCACAACCGCCAUCAGAGUUAUGACUACGUCCUGGAGCCGUCCCCGGUGGCUCUGCCCCUUGGCGAGCCUUUGCAGACCAGAGUGGUCCAGGUUUCAUGUGGCCGGGCUCACUCCCUGGUCCUCACUGAUCGAGAGGGAGUUUUCAGCAUGGGCAACAAUGCGUAUGGCCAGUGUGGGAGGCAGAUCGUUGAAGAUGAAGUUUACAGUGGCAGUCACAUCAUUCACAAGAUAGACGGCUUCGGCAGCAGGGUCACCCAGGUUGCGUGUGGGCAGGACCACAGCCUUUUCCUCACCGAGACGGGAAAAGUGUUUGCAUGUGGAUGGGGCGCAGAUGGACAGACGGGUCUUGGACACCACAACAUCAGCUCCAGUCCGGUGGAAGUGGGAGGGGACCUGGCGGGCGUGGAUGUGCAGCAGAUCAGCACGUAUGGCGACUGCAGCUUGGCUGUGUCUCGAGAUGGACAGGUGUACGGAUGGGGGAACUCCGAAUACCUGCAGCUGGCCUCGGUCACUGAGUCCACACAGAUCAACUCUCCUCGGCUUCUUCCUCUGAAAGGCUGUGGAAAGGUGGUUCAGGCUGCGUGUGGAGGAACACAGGUGGCCAUUCUCAACGAAAAAGGAGAGGUGUUUGUCUGGGGAUAUGGCAUUCUGGGAAAAGGCCCAAAGCUGUCAGAAUCCUCAGCUCCGGAGAUGAUUCCCCCCACGCUGUUUGGACGCUCAGAGUUCAGCCCCUCAGUCUCUGUCACCAGGAUCAGGUGUGGCCUCAACCAUUUUUCUGCAAUAACAGAUCGAGGCGAGCUCUUUGUCUGGGGGAAGAACGUGAGAGGCUGUUUGGGCAUCGGGAGCAGAGACGACCAGUACUUCCCGUGGCGGGUGACUGUGCCAGGUCAAGUGGUGGAUGUAGCAUGUGGUGUUGACCACAUGGUGGCGCUGGUGAAAUCCCUUCUGUGAGCUCUCGUCCCUGCCAGCAGUGGGUGAAAGGCUGGAUGUUUGGCUGAGCCUCCCCCCACCCCUCCCUCCCUCCGCUGACCCCCGGGCGCCUCAGGGAGCCGAUCAGGGCCGCUCUGGAGUCUUGAAGCCAGCUGCUCUCCACAGGCGACGGACCCUCGUGUCCCUCCGUCCUGCGGUGACGUCAAGCAGUGAGCAGAGAAGUCGAUUCUGCAGCACAGUGUCACUGAGACGCUUCACUUUAUUCUGCAUGAAGGUCACAUGGGACAGACAUCUAAAGAUAGUUUUACAGUUACAGCUACAGCUGAAACGAUUAGUCACUUAAUUGAUUAAUUGAUUUAACAAUUUCUCAAAUAGUGAAAAAAAAAAGCAAAUUAUUCUCUGGUUACGGCUUCUUCAGUGGGGAGGAUUUCCUGUUUUUCUCUGUUUUAUAACAUCGUACACUGGAUAUCUGUCUUAGACUGUUGUCGGACAAAACAAGACAUAUCAUUUCUGUCACCAUCAUUUGUAUCAGUUAUGAUAAUGUGUUACCCACCAAGUUAAUUGCUGAGAUCUGGGAACUAAAGAUGUAACACAACUGAUUAAAGUUAAGGCCAAAACUAUUAAAAUAAGAAAACACAGGCAGGAUAUUCAGUGUGUUUGGUGUCUGGAACUUUCCUCUGUCCAUUCUGGAUGGAACUCACUUUUUCCCACACUGUUAACUUGGUACCAUGAAGUUCACAAUUUGAAAUGGAUACUAUAUAAAAAUAAAUAUAUAUUUUAUCAACCACA